UGGUAAUUUUUACCAGUGACUGGAAAUUGGUGUGUGCCCUUUUUUUACUGAAACUAGUUUGACCCGCGCGGUCCCGGUCAGUUUCGUGCAUCCAACAUGGCUGGCCGAGGUGGUUAUGAUGAUAUGAGAGACCAUUAUGGUGGGAGCAGAAGUAGGAAACCUUUGCCUACUGAGCCCCCUUACACCGCAUACGUCGGAAAUCUUCCAAAUGGAAUUGUCCAAGGAGACGUCGACAAGAUCUUUAAAGAUCAGAAUGUAAAAGGAAUUCGAUUGGUGAAAGAUCGUGAAACCGAUAGGUUUAAGGGAUUUUGCUAUGUUGAGUUUGAUGAAUUGUCUGAUCUAGAAGCAGCUUUAGCGAUGAAUGGAUUUGUCGUUGUUGAAGGAAACACGAUCAAAAUAGAUGUCGCAGAUGGAAAACGAAAUGACCGAGGCGGUGGCUUCGAUAGAAGAGGUGGAGGUCGAGGCGGCAGUUCCGCCCCAAGUGGCGGCGGCGGUGGUUUUGGCAGAAGAGACGGCAGAGGAUAUGGAGAUGAUUUCGGAGGAGGAGGAUAUAACGACAGGGGAUCACAAGGAGGUGGUGGUAGGCCGGGAGGCGGUUUUGGCGCCGAUUCUAGAGGAAAUCGUGGAAAUUAUGGCCACUUUAAUGAAGACUCUGGUAGUCGAGAGUGGUCUCGUGGAGGUACUCCAAGUGGUCCCGGUGGCCCUGGCCCCGGUGGUCGUGACAUUAAUCGCGACGGUGGUCGUGACGGUGGCCGUGACGGUGCUGGAAGCGGUAGAUCAUUUGGUGGUAGACCACCUCGUGGUGGUGGUGGUGGUGGUGGUGGUGGUGGUGGUGGAAGAGACGAGAGGAAACCCUUCCAAGAUGAACCCUUCAUGAAGGACCCACCUCCAGACACCAGUGGAAGAAAACGCUUGGUUCUCGCUCCACGGACCGUGGCUGCUCCCAUAAACGCACUCGCUGAAUCAACUAAAGCAAGUUCAAUAUUCGGCGGGGCGAAGCCACGAGAGGAGAAGGGGAAGGGCGAGGGGGAGGAGGAGCAAAACUAAAAUCUCCGACUCUGCUUUAAUAUUUUCAAAUCCCCUGAAAAAAGAGAACAGGGGAGGUAAAUCAUCUUGAAAGAAAAAAAUCGUCAGAUAAGUAACAUAAGGCUCUUUCAACUUCCUGUAGAUCGCUGAGAAAAGCUCCCCGGAGACGUAAGGAAUAACCGUUAUAUCCGUAAAUUUCCAUUAAUUUUUAUCAAAUCUGUGGAGGGAAUUUUUCUCUAGAUUAAUGUAUACAUAACGAGAAAAUAGUUGUAUGUUGGUACAUAAUAAGAAAAGAUGCAUCUUAGGGUCGGUGAGAGGAAGUUUUCUAAUUCGGGGACUCUUCAAGUACGACAUCCCAUCUACCAUUUUCAUCACAAUUUGUUAUAUUAAAAUGUAACCAUAACAAAAAAGUAUUCAUAACUUGCAUACAUGCAUGUUUGAAUACAAUUAUUGCUAUACAUGUGAAAUACGGAUAGUAAAAUGCUACGGAUUACGUACAUUUUGCUAUUCAUAAAGAUUCGAGUUGAGUUUCUGUCGGUUUGUAAUAAUGUCAAGGGUAAAUGUACAAAUUAUGAAAAAGUGUAAACUAGCAUUGCACGGUGCGCAAGAUAGAAUUCCUCAAGCAUUUUGCGUUUCUUUGCAAAAAAAAAAAUAGAAAAAAAAUUAAGGUACUCGAUCGUGAUGCUCAUAUAAAAAAGAGAGUACAAAAAAAAUCUAAACGAACCUUAUUCCUCCUCUGUUAUACUUUUUUUAUGUUUGUUUUGUAUUGCUAAUCUAUUAUAAACAAUGUUAACUAACUGAUCACGCUUAAACAGUUGUUGCUAGGUGAAAGCUUCGAAACAAUAAUUGUUUAGAGCACCGCUUGAGUGUUUAUUAUCAGCAAACAUAUUAUGAACAGUCGCACGAGUGAGAAAUUAAUAAUGCCGAGCGAAAUUUUCAUGACUGGACAUUCAAACGGCGUAUCAAUCAGUUUUAUCGUUAGGAAGUUCGACAGUGUUGACGAAAAUGACGUGAAGAUUAUGGCAAAUAAGGGAGAGGAAACAAAGAAUUAACCACAUUAUGUAAAACUACGCUUGUAUAUGUUACUAUUUCAUAAAUAAAGUAGUUUGCCCCGUAACCGUGUAAUGUAUCGUGAGGGAAAACUCAGAUCAUAUUUAUGUAAUUUGUAUUGUGAAUAAUACCAAUGUAAUGUC